AUGGCUGACAAACUUGACAUGUCGGAAGUUGAAAAAUUUGACAGAUCAAAACUGAAAAAAACUACUACUACAGAAAAAAAUACGCUUCCAUCGAAGGAAAGUAAGUUAUGGAAGUUUCUAGUUGAGAGGAACAGUGGUGAAAGUUGGCAUAGUCACUUAACAAACCUAUGCUGUAUUAAAAUUGCAAAAACCUAA